AUGAGUGACAUUGAAAGUAGCCCAAGUAGAAGCGGAACCCGUUCACGUUCUCGCUCAACAGCUAAUAAGCCAAGUUACAAGCUCGAUUUGGAAGAUCCUGAUUUGAAAGACAUUGAAUUUGACGAAGAAAGAGAUGAAGAUUACGAGGAAGACGGAGUAGAGGCUGACAUACCGGGGGAUAAUGAUGAUGACGAUGAAGAUGAUGAAGCAGAAGUUUCUUUUGAAGAAGGACGUGGAAGGGCCUCAAAAAGAAGAAUUACUGUAGAGGACGAUGAAGAUCAAUCACAGAUUGCAGACACCGACAGGUCAGAUUCUAAUCUUUCCUCUUCUAUACCAAGUAAGAAAGUUCGAAUGGGUCAUCCUGUUGAUUCCGAGGGAAAUCCGAUUCCAGUUGUCGAUGAUGAAUAUGCUUUGCCUGAAGACGAAGAAGGUGAGGCUAAAAUUACAAAAGAUGGGGAGCUCUUAGGUGAUAGAGAAUUUCUCGUAAGAACAUUUACAUUGUAUGAUCGUGGAAACCGUCAAUAUAUGUUAUCUACAGAGCCAGCAAGGGCUGUUGGACUCAGGGACUCCCAUUUAUUCUUUCAAUAUCAUCCAAAUCUUUACAAAGUCAUUUUAUCUCAAGAACAAAAAAACAAUUUAAUCGAUCGUGGUGUCCUACCAUAUUCUUAUAGGAAUAGGCAAAUUGCAUUAGUGGCAGCAAGAAGUGUUUUCAGAGAAUUUGGGGCUAGAAUAAUUAAAGAUGGUAAAAAUAUCACUGAUGAUUAUUACGUACAAAGACUACGUGAAGAAGGAAACCUUGUAGAAGGUACACCUGUCACAGAUGUAGAACAUAAGUCCAUCCCCAGGGAUAGCGAAAGUGUAGAGAAUCUUGAGGUUGCACCUACGUCCACUGGUCAACCCUCAUAUCCAGCAAAGACUACUGUCGAGUAUUUUGACCGUAAAAAUUCCACUGCACAUGCAGGUGCGUCGACUUUUGGAUCUACAAAACAGUUAAAUUCUACCAAUUGGCUAUAUCAACAUGCAGCAGCAUGCAGUAGGUUUAAUAGUGAUAUGUACUACGACAGAGUGAAAGUAUUGUUAAUAGAUCAUCAAGGUUUGAGAGAUCCAUACACAAAUGUAUUACACCUGCCACAAUCCACACAAGCAACAAAGGUACAGGGAUAUUAUAAAAGAGAAGCGUCAGCUCCUUUGGAAAAUGAUGCAGAGAUUGUUUACGAAACUUUAAUACGUGAUGAUGAUUUGACAAGAGUAAAGACUGGCCUACUUGAUGUACCACAGGAGAUUUACGAAGGUGUUGUAGACGAAGAGACAAAGAGAGCAAUUGAAGAACAAAAAGAAUUUGAAAGUAAAUGA